UCCGCCUUGAUAGGACGGUUAGUAGGCACUCCCACCUCUUACAGUGCCAAACCGUUUCCACUCCCACCUCUCACAGUGCCAAAUGAUUUACACUCCCACCUCUCACAGUGCCAAACAGUGAGAAUCAGCACGAAGAAGCUGCAGCCACCAGGGACAGGCAGACAGCGGGAGUUUGCACCGAAAAGUUGACACCAAUAUCAUCAUCAAUCUUCCCGCGGUCCAUCGGUGAGGACAUGACGACCAGUGAGAUGAUGAUGAUGAUACACAGAACUGAUGAGGAGGGAAAGAAGUAAAUCUCUAUUGACAGAGGAGGAACUUGUGUUGAUACUAGAGAGAGGUUGUUCCAGCUUGUAACUCUCUCUCUCUGUCUCUCUGUCUCUCUCUCUCUCCUUUCUUGGACUUCUCUAUCCCUUUCUCUUUACGUUUCUAGUUCAGCACAUUAGCGCAAGUUUCGACACCCUCAUAGCUUCUUUCCUUCCUGUUAAUCUAAUCGUAUCGUUUCAGUCCUUAUCCGCUUUCGUUCAUUCACUAAUUUUCAUUGACAUCCUCUAUAUCCCCCUUUUCUUCCAUGAUUCCUCUACACUCAGUUCUUUCCUUUCUUUAAAGCCCCAUUCCCUCCUUCUUAAGACUAGAGCUUCUCCCUUCUCGAGCCUCUUCUCACUAGUUUGCAUCUGAAUACUCUUCCUUCCUAUCUUCGCCUACGGAAGCAGGAAAGAUAGUGAAGGAGAGAGAGACAGAGAGAGAGAGAGAGAGAAACAGGAGAGCAAGCAUCAUAGCGCACAGCCUCCAGGCCUGAGAGACGAGAUGAUGAUCUGCAAAGAGCUGUCCGUCAACCUGCUGUCUCUACUCAUCUGGACCUCUGUCAACUCCUGUAUUAACGGAGCGGCCCACGUGACCCCAGAGGCGGGUGCCCACUGCCCAACGUGUCCCUAUUUCUUGCCCACUCCAACCGAAGUCACCACUCCAGAGGGUAUCCCGGCCAACCUAACGUGUGGCGUCAGGCUUCUCGCUGAUAGAAAGGUGUCGUGGAUCAGACGGAAGGACCUCCACGUGCUGACCACUGGCGACUUCACCUACACCACAGCUAACAAGUUCCGCGCCCUCCACCUCCCGGGCUCUCCCUACUGGACGCUGCAGGUCGACAAUCCCACCGUCAGCGACUCCGGCAUCUACGAAUGUCAGAUCUCCACUCAACCCAAGAUCUUUCGCAGAUUUACACUUAACGUGGUCGUGCCGAGUGCUGCCAUCACCGGGACGCAGGACAUGUUUAUGAAAGCUGGAAGCGAUAUUAAUAUUACGUGUGUCGUCAAGGGCGCCAUCAGAGGGGCUCCCGUAACCUGGUACCACGUGUUGCCUCGUCCCCCAUACACAGAGGAGGAGGUGGAGGAGAUCAACGCAGGUGGUCGAGGCGGCGUGCAGGUGGUGACAGACAAACACGCGGGCACCAGCUGGCUUCUGGUCACCCACGCCACCUGGAGAGACGCGGGGAACUACACCUGUGCUCCUGCCCACGCCACGCCCGCAACGGUCUCUGUGCACGUGUUGGACGAGGAGGUGCCCGCUGGGCUCCACCACGAUCUCCACCCCAGCAAGGCGCCGUCCACCGCUACCGCCCGGCCCCUGAGCCCCACCUCUCUCCUAACGGUGCUUCUGAUGGCGCUGAGUGGUCACAGGCUUCAGAUUCGGCGAUUCUGCUUUCUGCUGGGGACGUGCGCCGUUCUGAGCUUCGCUGCUGGGGAGGUGUGGACGGCUCCAGCGGAUAUGACAGCCACUACGACCUUCGUCUUCAUUCUCUAGUCAAAGGCACAGCAUCGAAGUAGAUUUGGAGAGAAGGGGAUUGUUUGCGUGUAUGUGUACCGCCUGGUGUACCGGACUUCCAUCGAUGGAAAAAAAUAACAUAUAUUUUGUAUACUCUGUGCACUAGCUGUUAUCUGCGUCGAUAUGUUUAUACAGUUGUAUUUAACUACAGUUUAAAACAUUUCUGGAGCGCUCGUGGCUUUCAAAUACAAGGUGCAGGACUCUAAAACUGAGGGAACAGGAUGGGAUGAAUUGUAACUUUGGAACGUCUGGUAGUGGGCACUCAAUGUCUGACAAGAGGUACUCAAUGUCUAGCAAUGAGCACUCAAUAUCUGACAAGUGGCACUCAACGUCAGGCAGUGGACACUCAAUAUCUGUCAGUAACCUCUCGUUGUCCACACCUGCAUCGUUGGAGCACUUAAAUCUCCGGAAAGCAAUUUUCAUAACAUUUAUAAGUCGACAAAAUAUAAGAUAUUUUCCUAACCUAACCUUCCAGGAUUCCCACCUGAGACCAUCCUAUCCUUUUGAACCCCAGUUUUACAGUUCGUAAAUCCUCAAUCCUCAGCUACACUGCCGCGGAGCAUGUAUUUAGAGUGUGUUCAAGGCUGUGUUUUCAACUCAUCUAUAUGUUACUAAUUACGUGAUAAUAAUUAAAAAGCUGUUGAAUGGUAAAUCCAAAAAUAACAUUCUAUACGACAGUGUGUGUGUCCUGGUUCUCGGAAUGCGUCUAUUGUUAGUAAUCGCUGUAUAUUUUUGUAAUUCCCUGAACGUUACUUUGUACCCAAGUAACUGGGAUUUUGUCACAUAGGCGAGACAGCUGACAGUACAGCUGUAACUAUGUGGUAACUAUACACACUCACGUUACACGUACACAAUCAAGCCAACACACACUCAAACAAUCACACACAAUCAAACAAUCACACACUCAAGCCAACAUACCAAAUGAGUCACACCACAGACCUGGACGCCAAGACCACAGACCUGGACGCCAAGACCACACCAGAGGGUGACAGUAAGGCUU